AUGACUUCAAAAACUAGUAAACUUAUUAAAGGCACAAAGGUCGGUGAGAGGCCUACAACACGAGCGUCAACGAGGACUGAAAUUCCUUAUAAAUGCGACACUGACUCCGAAAAGUCACAAAUAAUUUUCACAAACAAGCAGACCGACACUGCUACGCCGUCGGCGACUAUAUCUGCAGCGACAACGCGCGCUAGUUCUGUCGACCCUCCGCGACAACUCUCAGAAAGCCUAACGAAGGUUAAAAGGCGGAAUUGCCAAAGUAAUAAAAAAGACGGAGUGGUUCACAAAAAAACCAGUAAGACAAAGAAAAGUACUGGAAAAACAAUCGAACUAGACUACUCUAGUCACCCAUCAGAUGAUGAAGACGAUUUGGCGAAAAAGCGCGCAUACCGGGCUAUAGAAAGACGUGCCCGAGAAAAGGUUUGUGAAUUUAUUAAUAUAAAGGCUAGUGUUUUGGCUUAUAAAAAGAAGGAACUUGAGGAAGAGUAUCUAUCGUUAAUCGAGAAGACACAUCCAGCAUAUGUGGAAAACAUAGGGAGACUCGACGAAGAACAUCAGAAAAUGCAGCAACUUCUCGAAAAUAACCGUUUACUGGAGAUUCAACAAAGCCAAAAUUUGUACGAAUCACAAGUUUCGCAAAUACGUCACGUAGCUUUGCAUGAGAGACGUAUCGCAAGAGAAGCUAUUUUACAUGACAUUGAAGUCAGGAAAUAUAGGCUAAUAAAGGAACAUAAGGACUUUGACAAAAAGGACCCUCGGGAUUUAAUGAUCGAUCUGGUCGUAAGGAACGACCAAACACAACCUGCGUUGACAAGUGUUGAAAAUAGUCAACGUCGUAUUUUUUUUUUAAAUAUCCUUUUAUUCGUAAGGCUUUAA